AUGUUGGCCCUGCACCAGCUGCCUCCGGAAGAAGAGCGCUACAGGCAGGUCCUCGCCAAUCAGCGGGCUCCUGCAACAGAUGAAGAUAAUAUGGAGGAUGGCUGCUCUCAGAAGCUGGCUUCUGCCAAGUACCUUCGCCUACUAUUACUCAUACUAAUUCCUUGCAUCUGUGCCCUUAUACUUUUGUUGGUGAUCCUUCUUACAUUGGUUGGUUCCUGCAUAAAUAUCACCUACAGCCAGUGCCAAAUGCUGCCAUAUAACCACACUACUUUAAGUCCAGUGCUUCCCAUUGUCAAAAGCAUUGAAAUUGAAAAAUUUCUCAAGUUCUUCGGUUAUCUCUACCGCCUCAGCUGCUAUCAACACAUCAUGCUGUUCGGCUGUAGCCUUGCUCUUCCUGAGUGCAUCAGUGAUGGUGAUGACAGUUAUGGAAUUCUGCCCUGUAGAUCAUUUUGCGAGGCUGCAAAGGAAGGAUGUGAACCAGUUCUUGGGAUGGUGAAUUCUUCAUGGCCAGAGUUCCUUGCAUGUUCACAAUUCCAUAACAAAACUGAAAGUGACAAUACCACCAGAGUCUGCUUCUCACCACAACGGGAAAGAGGAAAGCACUUGCUUUGUGAAGAGAAUGAGAGCUUCUUGUGCUCAAGUGGAAUUUGCAUCCCAGGGAGACUCCAGUGCAACGGCUACAAUGACUGCGAUGACUGGAGUGAUGAGACACACUGCAACUGCAGUGAAGGAUUGUUCCGCUGCAACACAGGAAAAUGCCUCAGUUACACAUUUGUUUGUGACGGGUAUGAUGACUGCGGAGACCUAAGUGAUGAGCAGAAUUGUGCAUGUCAUAGUCAGGGACUUGUGGAAUGUAAAAAUGGGCAGUGUGUUCCCAGUGCAUUCCGGUGUGAUGGAGACCAUGACUGUAAGGAUGGAAGUGAUGAAGAAAACUGCAGUGAAAGUCAGAUGCUGUGUCACCAAGGAGAUCAGAAAUGUACUUCUACAUCCUGUCCUGAUUCCUGUGGCAACUCUUCUCUCUGUAAUGUGAAUAGCAGCCGUGUGAACUGUAGUCAGUGUGAGCCAAUUACAUUGGAACUGUGCAUGAAUCUGCCUUAUAAUUAUACUAAUUUCCCCAAUUACUUGGGCCAUCGAACACAGAAAGAAGCCUCCAUCAGUUGGGAGUCCUCUCUGUUCCCAGCUUUGGUUCAAACUAAUUGUUACAAAUAUUUGAUGUUUUUCGCCUGCACAAUCCUGGUGCCAAAAUGCAAUCCUCAAACAAACCAACGAAUUCCGCCAUGCAGAGCACUUUGUGAACAGUCCAAGGAACGAUGUGAGUCUGUCCUUGGGAUUGUGGGCUUACAAUGGCCAGAAGACACUGACUGUACUCAGUUCCCGGAAGAAAAUUCGGGCAACCAAACCUGUCUAACCCCUGAUGAGGAUGUAGAAGAAUGCUCACCCAGUCACUUCAAAUGUCGCUCGGGGAGAUGUGUCUUAUCCUCCCGAAGAUGUGAUGGGCAAGCAGACUGUGAAGAUGAUAGCGAUGAAGAGAACUGUGGUUGCAAAGAACGAGGCCUUUGGGAAUGUCCCUCAAGCAAACUGUGUAUCAAAUAUACAAUGAUAUGUGAUGGCUUUCCAGACUGUCCUGAUAAGGUGGAUGAAAAAAAUUGUUCAUUUUGCAAAAAGGAUGAGCUUGCAUGUGCCAACCAUGACUGUGUACCCCAUAAGGGGUGGUGUGAUGGGCAGAUAGACUGUGCAGACAAAUCAGAUGAAUGGAACUGUGUGACUGUGUCUAAAAACAUGAGCUCCUUGAUGUUUCUGACUGUUCACAGGUCAGCUACCACUUACCACGUAUGUGCUGAUGGAUGGGAAGAAAAUUUAAGCCACUUAGCAUGCAGACAAAUGGGUUUAGGGGGGCCACCUGUGACAGAAAUUGUACCAGAUUAUAAACAGCUACAUCAUGAGAACUGGUUGAAUCUGCCAUCUGAACGGGAAAGCAAAAAUGCAUCAACCGUUCACUCCCUUUUAGUGGCAGGGUUGCCAUGCAGAAGCAACAGCGUGAUAUCCCUUCUGUGCACCAAAGAAGAUUGUGGGCGUCGCCCUGCAGCACGUAUGAGCAAGAGGAUCCUUGGUGGCAGGACCAGUCGCCCAGGACGAUGGCCGUGGCAGUGCUCCCUGCAAAGCGAGCCAAGUGGGCACAUUUGUGGCUGUGUUCUCAUUGGGAAAAAAUGGGUAUUGACAGUGGCACACUGCUUUGAGGGGAGAGAAAACCCUGCUGUCUGGGAAGUGGUUUUUGGCAUCAACAACUUGGAUCAUCCUUCAGUCUUCAUGCAGACCCGCAUGGUGAAGACGAUUAUUCUGCACCCCCGGUAUAACCGAGCUGUGGUGGACUAUGAUAUCAGCAUUGUGGAACUUAAUGAAGACAUCAACGAGACAAGCUAUGUCAGGCCAGUCUGCCUACCCAGCAGGGAGCAGUUAGUUGAGCCAGAUACCUAUUGCUACAUCACUGGCUGGGGACACAUGGGCAACAAAAUGCCUUUCAAACUUCAAGAAGGAGAAGUUCGAAUUAUUUCCUUGGAACAGUGUCAAUCAUACUUUGAUAUGAAGACCAUCACCACCAGGAUGUUAUGUGCAGGUUAUGAGUCUGGCACUGUGGACUCCUGCAUGGGUGACAGUGGAGGACCCCUGGUGUGUGAACAGCCUGCCGGGCGCUGGACAUUGUUUGGGUUAACCUCGUGGGGCUCUGUCUGCUUUUCCAAAGUUUUGGGACCUGGAGUUUAUAGCAAUGUGUCUCAUUUUACUGAAUGGAUUGAACGGCAAAUCUACAUCCACACCUUUCUGCUCGGCUGA